CUCCUCUCGUCAUCACAACAAACAUACGCAAACAGGCAAGAAAGAAGAUCCGGCAGCAUUCAGAAAUGGCGCCCACCUUCGGCCGCUCCAUCUCCUUCCCUCUCAGCCCGGCGCUGUCCUCCAGGCACCACGUCCGCUCCGUCAGCCUCCCGUCGUCCCGCUCCCACCCGCUGCUCGCCCACCUCCAGAACAACAUCCGGGCCGUCCGCGCCUGGGUCGCCGAACCCACCGCCCCGGCCUCCUCGGGCCUCGCGCACCUCCACGCGCUCCACGCCGCGCUUGCCGAGCUCCUCCUCCUCCCGGAGGCGCGCGCCGCUCUACACAGUGGUGCUGCCACCGCAGACUGCCUCCUCGACGGCUUCCUCGUCCUCGCCGAUGCGCACGGCGCCUUCCAGGAGACAGUCCUCGAGGUCAAACGCCACGCAGCCGAGGUCCAGGCCGCGCUCCGGAGACGCGACCUGUCCCGGCUCUCCUCCGCGGUCCGCGCCCAGCGCCAUGCCGAGAAGGAGCUCGCCCACCUCGCUUCGUCCGUGCGCGCGGCCGCCAAGUUCCCCCAGGUGGUUGGCCCCGCGGCCAGCGCCGCGGAGGUCGAGGUGUCCGGUGUCCUCGCCGAGGCUGUGGCCGCCGUCGCGUCCGCGUCCGCGGCCGUGUUCUCGGCCUUGGAGUCCAUCUCCUCGGCCGCGACCACAGCCGCCGCGUCUUCUUCCAAGAAAUCAACGACGCUGGUCUCCUUGGUCAAGAGGACCAAGGCUGCUUCCUCCGACGAGAAGGAGAUGGCUGCGCUCGACAGGUUGGAAGACCUUGAAGAAUGCAUUGCGGAGAUGGAAGCCGGGAGUGACAAGGUGUUCAGGAGCAUCCUGCACACCAGGGUCGCUCUCCUAAAUAUCCACACCCAGACAUGCUAAUUUCGGACAUCAAAAGUCUCCAAAUUAACUCAAGUGUACAUAGAAACUGAACGAAUUAUUCCUGCAAAGAAAAAAAAUCUCUUG